UCCAGACAUGGGACAUCUGGAGUUAAUACUAGUGCUAACAUGGAUAAUAGGUUGCUUUACCAUAGACAACAACGCAAAUAGAUAUGACGUGACAGAUAGAGAUGCUGCAGUGCUGGCCUCCUGUGAUUUCAACAAAAACGAAGAACCUUUCUGCAACUUCCAACAAGACCCUGCAGAUAAUGGUGACUGGACACGUCACACUGGACCCACCCCAACCCCAGGCACUGGACCUGAUGGAGACUAUCCGGAUGGAACUGGCUUUUACAUAUAUCAUGAGGCUGACAACUCCGUAAAUGGACAGAACGUACGCCUUCUCAGCCCAGUUAUUAGUAGUGAACCUUCUGAGAUCUGUGUACAGUUCAACUACUACAUGUAUGGCUCUGACAGCAGUAACACCCUGACUGUGUUGGCCAAACGUCCUGGCUCUGAGGAACAAAUGUGGCAAAAAACUGGGAUACAAAGCCCAUCAUGGCUUGGAGCCUCUGUCACAGUGCCCAUACCAGCUGGACAGACUGCUCAGAUUGUGUUUCAAGCAAUGCGUGGGUUCUCUUCAUCAUGUGACACUGCCCUGGAUAACAUUGUCAUCACCGAGGGAGCCUGUGCUGGCUGUAUAGCUGGGUGUGAUUUUGAUGAUACUGAUGAAUGUGGCUGGACAAAUGUGAUAACCAAUGAAGAAAUCUUUGGUUGGGAGUUUUGGGCUGGACAGACAGAUACACCAGGCACUGGCCCUGAUGAUGACUUCUCCAAACCAGGAUUGGGGAUGUACCUGUUAAUGGACUCCAUCUAUAGCAUUGAAGGAGAAUCUGCUCAGCUCUGGAGCCCCUCUACCUCAGCGUCUGGUUGCCUACAGCUGGACUUUCAUUACUACAUGUAUGGCAGUGCCGCCAACAUGGAGCUUAAUGUCCAUGCGGUCACCACCGGUGUAGCACUUGGAGCCCCUAUUUUCAGCCUCAAAGGAAAUCAAGGUCAGGGCUGGAAGCCUGCAAGCAUUCGCUACAUUGGUUCAGCUGAUUCAGUGGAGUUUGUAAUUGUUGGUGUUUAUGGUGAAACAGACGAGACAGAUAUUGCAAUUGAUAGUGUCUGCGUUACCACUUGUACAGCAACUCCAACAACACCUAAGCCAUCCCCACCCCAACCCACUACACCUAAACCAUCAACACCCCAACCCACUACACCUAAGCCAUCAACACCACAACCCACUUCACCUAAACCAACGACACCAGGUCCAUCAUCCCCUAAUCCAUCUACACCCCAACCCACUACACCUAAACCAUCAACACCCCAACCCACUACACCUAAACCAUCAACACCCCAACCAUCAACACCCCAACCCACUACACCUAAACCAUCAACACCACAACCCACUUCACCUAAACCAACGACACCGGGUCCAUCAACUCCUAAGCCAACAACACCUAAGCCAACUACUCCAGAACCAACACCACCAGUGAACUGCCCUCCAGACUCUGAGUACAUUGAUUGCGGCCCAGCCUGUAUUCCUUCAUGUGCAGAGCCCUCUACGAACUGCUCUGGUUCUUGCAUCAGCGGCUGCUUCUGUAAACCAGGAUUUGUUUUCCGUGGCCGGCGCUGUGUUCCUAUUGAGCAGUGUGGAUGUCUGGAUGAAGAAAACAAUUACUUUGAGCCCGGUGAGAUCAUAUUUGGAGAUGGCUGUUCCAAGUUGUGUCGCUGUGCUGGCAACUACACUUUCGACUGUGUGGACAACACCUGUGACCCUGUGACAGAAGAAUGUCGGGAGGUUGAUGGAGUGCAUGGCUGCUACCCUAAAGGAACCUCCAACUGUAUUGCUUCUGGUGACCCCCAUUACAACACCUUUGAUAACCGGCGCUAUGACUUCAUGGGAAACUGUUCUUACCUGAUGUCCGAGCCUUGUAACAGCACAGACGUGCCUUACUUCGCUGUAUACACAGACAAUGAGAAUCGCUACAACAAUCCUCAUAUCAGCUAUGUAAAAGCAGUUCAUGUCCACGCACUGGGAGUCAUAGUGUCCAUUCUGAAAGGAGGAACUGUGCAGGUCAAUGGUACCAAAGUGAACAUUCCUCUGAGUCCUGUCAGUGGUGUUGACAUUUUCAUGUCUGGAAAGCACUACACAGUGGCCUUGAACUUUGGAGUAACUGUACGUUAUGACGGAAACCAUUAUAUGGACAUUAAAGUUAUCAAGGACUAUGGGGACAAACUUUGUGGGCUGUGUGGGGACUACAAUGGAGACCCUCAGGAUGACUUCCAGACACCAACUGGUGAAAUGGUCCAAAGCCCCAGUGACUUUGGCCACAGCUGGAACAUAGACCCUGAGUGUAACAAGCCUGAGGUUGGCCCACCCCCAGGGUGUACAGAUGCUGAGCAGGAGUUGUAUGAAGGGUCUGCUUACUGCGGUAUCAUAUUGGACAGCAAUGGCCCUUUUGCUGCUUGCCAUCCAAAAGUCAACCCCAAUGGUUUCUUCCAAGACUGUUUGUUUGAUGUUUGUGAGCUGGAUGGUGCUCAUUCUGCAUUGUGUGAAGCAAUAGAGUCAUACGUCAAUGAAUGUCAGGACCGUGGCGUCACAAUUGGACCCUGGAGAAACAGCACCUUCUGUCCUCUGAAAUGCCCAGCCAACAGUCACUUUGAAUCAUGUGCACCAGUUUGCCAGCCUUCCUGCAAUCCAAUUCCACCAAGUCAGUGCACCGGGCCUUGUUCUGAAGGAUGUGUUUGUGACCCUGGAUAUAUCCUCAGUGCUGGCCAGUGCGUGAAAGAAGACACUUGUGGUUGCAGCUAUAAUGGACAAUAUUAUAAGCCAGGUGAAGAGUUCUUCACUAAGGACUGUGAGCUACUGUGUAAGUGCAACCCCCCAUUUGUUACCUGUAAUGCUGCUGACUGCCCACCAAUGGAACAAUGUGGAGUACAGGAUGGCGUAAUUGGCUGUUACCCACAAGAAUCUCAAGACUGUAUUAUCUCUGGUGAUCCUCAUUAUAACACCUUUGAUGGCAAAUACUACACCUACAUGGGCACUUGCACCUACACUCUGGCCCGCACCUGCGAAAACAACACUGGCCCCUGGUUCUCCAUAGAGGGUAAGAAUGAAGAGAGAGGAGUUUCUGGCGUUUCUUACUUGAGGAAACUCUAUGUGACUGUAGAUGGCAUCACUGUGACAAUGAUGAAAGAUAGGAAAAUCCUGGUGAAUGGACUCAGGGUGUCUCUCCCUCACUCCCCAUCUCCGCUCAUUUCGCUGUCUGUUGCUGGACAAUAUGUAAUCCUCACAACUCCGUUCGGCCUGAAGGUGCAGUGGGAUGGCAAUCAUUACACCAAGAUCUCUGUUCCCAGUUCCUAUUAUGACCAGAUGUGUGGCCUGUGUGGGGACUAUGACGGAAACCCCAAUAAUGAUUUCACUAAGCCAGAUGGCUCCCAAACUGACAACUCAAGUCAGUUCGGCGACAGCUGGCAAACUGAUGAGGAUGAGGAUGCAACGUGCAAGCCUGACCCCGGGCCUCAACCACCCUGUGAUCCUGUGCUGGAGGGUGUCGUGUCAAACCCAGAGAACUGUGGGAGAAUAACUGACACAAAUGGAGCAUUUAGGGACUGUAUAAAGGUGGUGGACCCGUUGCCUUUCUUCCAGAGCUGUGUGUUUGAUAUGUGCAGUUAUCAGGGGCUGCAGCAGGUCCUUUGUGACCAGCUUCAGGCUUACACUGAUGCUUGCCUGAGUGCAGGUGCACCUGUCCAUCAGUGGAGGGAGCCAGACUUCUGCCCUCUGGAAUGCCCUCCCAAUAGCCAUUACUCCAUAUGUGUGAGCUCCUGUCCGGAGACAUGUCUGGGUAUCAGUGGACCCCCGGGCUGCAGUGAGAAGUGUGUUGAAGGCUGUGAGUGUAACCCUGGCUUCAUCCUCAGUGACAACAAAUGUGUUCCUGUUAAAGACUGCGGCUGUGUGGACUCCUCAGGCUCCUACCAUCCAGUAAACGAGAGCUGGUAUCUGGAGGGCUGUACGCAGAAUUGUACAUGUGAGGGUGGAGGAAAUAUUCACUGUUAUGACACCAGCUGUCCUCCUAAUGAGAGCUGCCAGCUUCAAGAUGGAGACUAUGUCUGCAAACCAAGCGGUAACAAUUAUAGUACUAGUUUAUACAAGAUAAACUAUGCGGGCAAACUUUGUGGGCUCUGUGGGGACUACAAUGGAGACCCUCAGGAUGACUUCCAGACACCAAAUGGUGAACUGGUCCAAAGCCCCAAUGACUUUGGCCACAGCUGGAACAUAGACCCUGAGUGUAACAAGCCUGAGGUUGGCCCACCCCCAGGGUGUACAGAUGCUGAGCAGGAGUUGUAUGAAGGGUCUGCUUACUGUGGUAUCAUAUUGGACAGCAAUGGCCCUUUUGCUGCUUGCCAUCCAAAAGUCAACCCCAAUGGUUUCUUUCAAGACUGUUUGUUUGAUGUUUGUGAGCUGGAUGGUGCUCAUUCUGCAUUGUGUGAAGCAAUAGAGUCAUACGUCAAUGAAUGUCAGGACCGUGGCGUCACAAUUGGACCCUGGAGAAACAGUACCUUCUGUCCUCUGAAAUGCCCAGCCAACAGUCACUUUGAAUCAUGUGCACCAGUUUGCCAGCCUUCCUGCAAUCCAAUUCCACCAAGUCAGUGCACCGGGCCUUGUUCUGAAGGAUGUGUUUGUGACCCUGGAUAUAUCCUCAGUGCUGGCCAGUGCGUGAAAGAAGACACUUGUGGUUGCAGCUAUAAUGGACAAUAUUAUAAGCCAGGUGAAGAGUUCUUCACUAAGGACUGUGAGCUACUGUGUAAGUGCAACCCCCCAUUUGUUACCUGUAAUGCUGCUGACUGCCCACCAAUGGAACAAUGUGGAGUACAGGAUGGCGUAAUAGGGUGUUUCCCACAAGCAGCAAACUAUUGUACACUUACUAUUGAUUAAAUGUACAUUAAAUGUCCCCCAAAUUAACUUAAAAAGUGAUUUCAAAUAAGAAUAUACAUGUACAGCUUUAAAAAUAACUUCACUUUCUUCUAUCUUGGGACUGCAGGCCCCUGGUUCUCCAUUGAGGGCAAGAAUGAGGAGAGAGGAGUUUCUGGCGUUUCUUACUUGAGGAAACUCUAUGUGACUGUAGAUGGCAUCACUGUGACAAUGAUGAAAAACAGGAGAACUCUGGUGAAUGGACUCAGGGUGUCUCUCCCUCACUCCCCAUCUCCGCUCAUUUCACUGUCUGUUGCUGGACAAUAUGUAAUCCUCACCACUCCGUUCGGCCUGAAGGUGCAGUGGGAUGGCAAUCAUUACGCCAAGAUCUCUGUUCCCAGUUCCUACUAUGACCAGAUGUGUGGCCUGUGUGGGGACUAUGACGGAAACCCCAAUAAUGAUUUCACUAAGCCAGAUGGCUCCCAAACCGACAACUCAAGUCAGUUCGGCGACAGCUGGCAAACUGAUGAGGAUGAGGAUGCAACGUUUUCAGGUGCCCCCGGGCCUCAACCACCCUGCGAUCCUGUGCUGGAGGGUGUCGUGUCAAACCCAGAGAACUGUGGGAGAAUGUGUGGCCUGUGUGGGGACUAUGACGGAAACCCCAAUAAUGAUUUCACUAAGCCAGAUGGCUCCCAAACCGACAACUCAAGUCAGUUCGGCGACAGCUGGCAAACUGAUGAGGAUGAGGAUGCAACGUGCAAGCCUGACCCCGGGCCUCAACCACCCUGCGAUCCUGUGCUGGAGGGUGUCGUGUCAAACCCAGAGAACUGUGGGAGAAUAACUGACACAAAUGGAGCAUUUAGGGACUGUAUAAAGGUGGUGGACCCGUUGCCUUUCUUCCAGAGCUGUGUGUUUGAUAUGUGCAGUUAUCAGGGGCUGCAGCAGGUCCUUUGUGACCAGCUUCAGGCUUACACUGAUGCUUGCCUGAGUGCAGGUGCACCUGUCCAUCAGUGGAGGGAGCCAGACUUCUGCCCUCUGGAAUGCCCUCCAAACAGCCAUUACUCCAUAUGUGUGAGCUCCUGUCCGGAGACAUGUCUGGGUAUCAGUGGACCCCCGGGCUGCAGUGAGAAGUGUGUAGAAGGCUGUGAGUGUGACCCUGGCUUCAUCCUCAGUGACAACAAAUGUGUUCCUGUUAAAGACUGCGGCUGUGUGGACUCCUCAGGCUCCUACCAUCCAGUAAAUGAGAGCUGGUAUCUGGAGGGCUGUACACAGAAGUGUACAUGUGAGGGUGGAGGAACUAUUCAGUGUUAUGACACCAGCUGUAUUCCUACUGAGAGCUGCCAACUUCAAGAUGGAGUCUAUGUCUGCAAACCACUUGGUACAGGCAUUUGCUCAGUUUCUGGUGACCCUCAUUAUAAUACCUUUGAUGAUAAAGUACAUCACUUCAUGGGUGCCUGUUCCUAUACUCUCACUAAGCCCUGUAAUGAGACCUCCGGCUUGCCAUACUUUUCUGUGGAGACACAGAACGAGCACAGAGACAAUAAUAAGAAAGUAUCUUAUGUAAGAUCUGUCAUCAUCAAUGUGCAAGACAUAACAGUCAUUUUGGGCAAGGGUCGCAAAGUUCAGUUGAAUGGAGUUCAGGUCACUGUGCCUGUCAUACUUUCAAAUGGUAUUAAGAUCUUCCUAAGUGGCAAAUUUGUGGUGCUCGAGACAGACUUCGGAUUGCGUGUCCGUUUUGAUGGAAACCAUCAUGCAGAUGUCACCUUGCCUUCCUCCUACAGCGGACUGUUAUGUGGACUCUGUGGAAAUUAUAAUGGCGAUCCUAAUGAUGACAACAUCAAGUCAGAUGGAAUGGCAACAGACAGCACCAAUGAGCUUGGAGAAAGCUGGCAGGUGCCCGAUGACAGACCAGAUUGUACUCAUGGUGGAGGAGACAUUGAAUGUGAUGACAAGAUCCAGAAUGAAGCACAGAAACCUACUAGCUGUGGCAUGAUCAUUGACCCUAAUGGAAUCUUCAAGCCAUGUCAUGCAGUGGUGCCUCCCGAUCCUUACUUUGAGAACUGUGUGUUUGAUCAGUGUGGCACUGGUGGGGCCACAGUGGCACUGUGCCAAGCUAUUCAAAGCUAUGCUGACCUGUGCGCUCAAGCUGGGGUGCCAAUUAACUGGAGGAAUAACACCUUCUGCCCUAUUAAAUGUCCGGUUGGUAGUCACUAUGAGCCGUGCGGUUCAGCCUGCCCAGCCAGUUGUCAGGACCCUGGAUCUGAAGGCACCUGUUCUGAGCCCUGUGUUGAGGGAUGUGUGUGUGACCCUGGUUUUGUCCUCAGUGGAGACAAGUGUGUGCCCUUCAGUGAGUGUGGUUGCACUGACAGAGACAACAACUACAGGCCUGUUGGAGACAGCUGGUUCACAAAAGAUGAUUGCACAGAGCGCUGUGUUUGUUCACCUUUCAAUAAGGUGACAUGCGAGGCAUGGCAAUGUAGUCCCGCUCAGGAAUGUAAGGUCAAUGAGGGUGAACUGGGCUGUGUGAACACAGGAGUGGGCAUUUGCCACAUUGCUGGUGAUCCUCACUACUACACUUUUGAUGGCAUCAUGCACACCUACAUGGGCACCUGCACUUACACGCUGGUGGCGAUAUGCGACAACUCUAUGGUGACACCCUUCACCAUUGUGGCCAAGAACGAAGAACGCGGCCAACCAGAAGCUUCGUAUGUUCGCUCUGUGACCGUCUACCUGCCCACUGCCAACAUCACCAUCAGCAAGAGUGGAAGAGUACUGGUGAAUGAACGGAGGAUAAAAACCCCCUACGACAUCAGUUCAGCCAAGGCACGGGUGUUCACCAGUGGAGUAAACACCGUACUAGACACUGACUUUGGCCUGAUUGUGAAGUUUGAUGGAGUGCACCAUAUUGAAAUCACAGUCCCUGGAGACUAUUUCAACAAGGUGUGUGGAAUGUGUGGUAACUACAAUGGAGAUUCCUCUGAUGACAACUUGAUGCCUGAUGGCAAACCAGCCAAAGAUGCCAUUGAACUUGGUGACAGCUGGAAGGCAGAGGGAGACAGUGAUCCUGGAUGUCAACCUGAUCCACGGCCAGAUGACAAACCCAACUGCGCUGAGAAUGAGGAGGAAAUCUACAAGUCACAUUGCGCAGCGUCUAUCCUGUCUGAUUUCUUCAAGCCCUGUCACUCUUUCAUUCCUCCAGAAUCUUUCCUGGGGAACUGCGUCUAUGACAUGUGUGAAUAUGAUGGCAUGCAGUCGACUCUGUGCGAUAACAUUGAAGCUUACGCUCAGGCCUGUCAUAGCGCUGGAGUCACGAUCAGCUGGAGAAACAGCACCUUCUGUCCUCUCCCGUGCCCACCAAACAGUCACUAUUCUGAGUGCACAGCACCAUGUCCUCCUACCUGUGCCGAUCUCUUCCCCGUAUUCUGCCCAUUACCACCCAAUAGCUGUGUAGAGGGCUGCCAGUGCAAUGGAGGUUUUGUGCUAAGUGAUGGCAAGUGUGUUCCCCUCUCAAGCUGUGGAUGUGUUGACAGCAAUGGAGAGUAUCAUGAUGUGGGAGAUUCCUGGAUAACUGACCACUGCGAACAGAGGUGCAGCUGCAGCCUUGGAGGAGUGCUGUCCUGCACGUCCUUUGAAUGCAAUGACAACUCAAUCUGUGAUCUUGACAGCAAUGGAGACCGUUACUGCAAACCUGAGAAAUUUGAUGACUGCAAUAUUGCCGGGGACCCUCACUAUCGUACCUUUGACAAAUACAAUCACCACUACCAGGGAGCAUAUACCUAUGUAUUAACUCAGAGCAACAAUCUGCCCAGCUCCCUCACCCCUUUCAUAGUCCGUGGCAAAAACCAGCGGCAGGGAGGCAUCAGCCGGGUGUCUCUCCUGCGCGAGGUCUAUGUGGAUGUAUACGGCAUUACUGUUCGCUUUCAACAGAAGAAGAAAGUGCUGGUCAAUGACGAGAAAGUUGGUCUACCGUUCAUUCCUGUACGUGGAGUUAACAUAAAAACAAAGUCUCGCUUUGUUAUGCUCACAACUGACUUUGGCCUUUCUGUGCGCUUUGAUGGCAAUGCUCAAGCAGUGGUGACUCUGCCUAGUGUAUACAGAUCUCGUGUGCUCGGUCUUUGCGGUAAUUAUGAUGGACGCACCAGUAACGAGUACACAAAACCAGACGGCACAGUUACCCGCAACCUCAAUGAGUUUGGAGACAGCUGGAGAGUAACUGACAGACAGGCGGGUCUUCGUACCACAUCCCUACCAAAGAUGGUGCACCUACACAAGCGUGAAGUGGAGGCCGAUCCAGAUUCAGGGUUUGAGACGACGGGCUGCACAGAUGCUCUGCUGGAUGAGCUGAACGGGAAUAAAAUGUGUGGGGCUCUCAGUGACCCUGCUGGUCCUUUCACUGCCUGUCAUGCUGUGAUCGCUCCGAAUGACUUCCAGGAGGAUUGUGUGUUUGACCUGUGUGCUGAGCAGGGCAAUGAAGAGCUGCGCUGUGAAAAUUACGCUGUCUACGCUCGGGCUUGCCAAGAUCAGGGUGUUGAACUAGGGCAGUGGAGACAAGAACUGAAUUGUGGUCUGCAAUGUGGGCCCAACAGCAACUACUCCAUCUGUAUGACUCCAUGCCCAGCAUCCUGCGCAGACCUGGCGGCUCCCUCUGAGUGUGAGCAAAUACUGUGUGUGGAGGGAUGUAUCUGCGCCCCUGGCUUUGUCCUGAGCGACCAAGACUGUGUGCCUUACAGCGAGUGUGGAUGCACUUACCUCAAUCGCUACUAUCUGCUGAAGGAGACAUUUGUGACAGAAGAUUGUUCACAGAGUUGUGAAUGUACUAGCACUGGUGCUGUGUGUCAAACAAAGGGCUGUGGAGACAAUGAGAUCUGCACCGUGUACGACACCAAACGCGACUGUUAUAAAUCGAGUCCAUGUUUGAGCUCGCCCUGUGAGAAUGAUGGGACCUGUGUGGAAAAAGCAGAUGGUUCUGGUUACACCUGCACUUGCUCUGAAGGUUUUGAGGGCACAAACUGUGAGAUCUUAAAAAUCCCCUCUGAGGGAGGCCUGGAUCAAACAGCUAUUAUCUUGAUUGGAGUCCUCGUGCCCCUUGGCAUCAUCCUCAUAGUCACAGCAACUGUGUGCAUUUACAAGAAGUGCAGCCGCAAAAAGAUAAAUUAUGAAUCAAGUACAUUAGAGUUGAACAAAAAGGCAGAUCAACCCUAUGAAACUCUAGAUGAGGGUAAGAAGCAGGAAACAGACAACAGUGUGCUGAAGGCCACAACAUUCUGAAGCAAAACCUCAGUUUUUUUGACAAUGAUUUGCUGACAAUAUUUUGUUUAUAUUUAUUCACUUUAAAUAUCUUUGUGAAAUAUGUGAACUAACAGGCAAAACCUAUGUUUAUAUUUUACUUUUUAAAAAAUUUUCAGUAACUUAUUUGUAAACAUCGUUGUAAUUUUUGGUGUUAGCUAUGUUAUGAUUUGGGGAA